AUGGGAUCUGGGGACCAAGGUUCUUCUCAAGAAGAAUUCAUAAACUGGAAGGGUGCAAAGAUUUUGUGGCCUGUUGAUAUGCCUGAUUAUAUUGUCGACUACACAGUAGUGCGCUGCAAACAGCUCAUGGAAGAGUUCAACCCAGACAAAAAUGCGCUUCAAAUAGCAGAGAAGCUAAAAAAAGAACUUGACGCAAAGUGGGGGCUUUUCUGGCACGUGACCGUUGGAAACAAUUUUGGCAGCUACGUCGUGCACCAGAAAAGGCGGUUCGUCUAUUUCUCCUUAGCCCAUGUUUCCUUCCUCAUCUACAAGGCACAUUGA